CAGAACGAAAGGUUGCCGUCAAGCAUCCCUUUAAUUAGAGCGCGCACGGGAGAAUGUUUACAGGCUCUCUGUUCUAAACGCCGGCUAGUCUCACCGACGUGGUAUGACAGAUUUCCCACGCCAUGUCUUUCGAGAGCCCCCGAUCUUCGGUGUUCACGUUCCAGUCGUCGGUGCACAGCGCGCACCUGCUGGGCUGCCUGAACGAGCAGCGCAAGCGGGACGUCCUGUGCGACCUGACCGUGGUGGUGGAGAACAAGGGCUUCCGGGCGCACCGCUCCGUGCUGGCGUCCUGCAGCGAGUACUUCCACACUCGCGUCACCAGCCUGGUGGGGCAAGGCCUGGUCGUCACGCUACCUGAUGAGGUAACAGUGGAAGGGUUUGACCCACUGUUAGAGUUUGCCUACACGGCGAAGCUCCUCUUCACCAAAGAGAACAUUCUGGAUAUUCGCAGGUGCGCUAACAUUUUGGGUUUCCACAACCUGGACAAAGGCUGCUUCGACUUCCUCAUCCCGAAGUUCUUCGACAGCAGCAGGGCUGGCCCGCGGAAGGUGUGCUGCGGGAGGAAAUCCUGGGAGAAACCGGCGAAGGCCGGGAGUUCCGACGGGGACGGAGACGGAGGCGAUGAUGGCGACAACGAUGACGACAAGGAAGUCGAGGUCAAAGAGGAGGGCGUGGACACGGAGAGCCUCGUGGAAAAUCGGGGCCCCAAAACGGCGGCUCUGAGUGCUAACGCCAAACCCGCAGACAAGGCCCCGAGGUCCCUGGGCACGGGGUGCCCGGUCGUCGCUAUGGCGACGGACCCGGCCCUGCGCUGUCCGAAAUACCGCAAGUUUCAGAACGCCUGCGGGAAGGAGCGGUCCCGCAGCCCGCAGGUGCCUUCCUCAUCUUCCUCAUCCUCCUCGUCCUCCUCUUCCUCGCUGGCUCCAGCCACCAAAGGACCGCCUUCCCCUGUCCGUCACAGGGAGGAAGGCAGCGGAUUGGUCGGAAGCGCCUCCAGCGGACGCAAGUCUGAGGGGGCCAAGACGAUUGGGAACGAGGCGGCAGUGGCGGCAAUGUGCCCGCCCCCUGCACUCGUUCCCCUCCUGGGAAACCCCGAUGACGGGGGCUUCGGGGAGGCACCGGGCUCCAGGUGCAGCCCGUCCGUGGGGUCAGCGGGGGCGGAGCCUGACUGCUGGCCCCGGGGUCGCUGCAGAACCCGGUUCCUGGCCUGUGCCUCCGGGGGCGGGGACGAGGGCCAGGAGGGUGGUGUUGGAAACCACCAGAGGCCGGGCGUCUCAGACCCGCCGCAUCCCAAAAUUCCCUGCAUCCUGGGAGAGGAGGGAGGAGGGGAGAGGAGCACCGUGGAGAGGGAGGUAGCCGAACACCUGGCGAAGGGCUUCUGGACCGCUUACCUGAAUCCUCCCAAGGAGUCCCCCACGGGUCAGUCCUCGGGGUACAGCUGGUGCGAGCGGCUGGCCCUGCCGCCCGGGGUGCUGGACUGCCCCUUCCUCCAGGACCAGGGGCUGUCCCAGGCGGAGAAGAGGGCCUACGACUCCUCCCUCAACUCCUUGGAGGACUCCGACACGGAGGCGGCCAGCGAGGGCACCUCCUCGCAAGGAGCGCCAGAGGUGCAGCUGCCCUACCCGGUGGAGCAGAUCGUCUCCCUGAGUCGAAACGACUUCCAGAACGUCCUCAAGCAGCACCAGCUGACCCGGGAGCAGCUGGACUUUGUGCACGACGUCCGGCGCCGGAGCAAGAACUGCAUCGCCGCGCGGCGCUGCCGCAAGAGGAAGCUGGACUGCAUCCACAGCCUGGAGUGCGAGAUCCAGGAGCUGCGCAGUGAGAAGAAGCUCCUGGAGCAGGAGAAGGCUGAGCUGGCUGAGCUGAAGAUGCAGACAUGGCAGGACAUCUCCGGCCUGUGCCACAGGGUCCUCAGUGAGGCCGCCCUCCAGCCAGAGCAGCUGCAGGUCCUGGCCAAAUACUCCACCCCAGACUGCCCCCUGUCCAGCCUGACCGGCCUGCCAAGCCUCCUCUCCCCCCCGACCGAUCCGUCCACCUCCGCCCGCCCCCUGACCGCCCCGUCCACCUCAGCCUACCCGCCCGCGCACCCCUCCCCGGGUGGCCCUCACAGAGACCCUCAGGUCCCCCGCCCCCCGGAGGCCAAUUGCGUCAGGACGUUGUCUGGCUCCGCCCCGGGUGGGCGUGGCCUCAGCUCCAUCGCUGACGUCUGUUUGGACAUGAGCAGGAAAUGCAGCAGGGAUAAGUGACAGCAGCUGCUUGGUUUUUAAUUCCUUAAACAGAUGACUUUUAUUUUUCAAUUAAUCACAAAUAUGUAAUUACAGACACUCAGGUUUUUUUUAUUUGUUGUAUUAUUUUUUUUACACGGCGUUUGUAUUUAGUUUAGUUUUUUUUACACGCACUUAUGAAUAUGCAUUUGUGUUAAAUGUAAUCACUACUACCGCACUAUAUCUUCAAUUACUAUGUCCUAUACCUUUACUUCACACUUUUCCAAAUUAUGCCAGGUGUUCUCGAAUAUAUCCCAUCAUUUCUAGAAAGUGGUCUGGUAUGGACACCAUCAGGUGUACACAGUCAAACCAAAGCACGGUCAUCUUUCAGGGAAAACGGUUACCAGUUGACCGGGGAUAUAACCGCUGUUGAUGGCCAUACUCUAGCCAUCAGUAAAACACUUUGAUUUUUUAUUAUCAAAAUAGCACCUGGACAUUAACAUGAGCAGAGAAUUGAGUGAAACCUAGAUGGAUGUUUAAAUAUACACGACUGCUAUGCACAGGCAAACUCUAGACUCUAGACAGUUAGGUCUGAUAUCCUUGUAAAAUCUCAGGACCAACAGAUACCUCAGUGAUGUGUUUACACAGGGUCAUUUCUGGUGUUCAUUCAAACGGUUCAGGUCUACAAUACCGCACGUGCAAUAAUAACAUUCAUGAAGCCUUCAAAGAACGAAAUCUACAGCAUCCGGGGUGCACUAACCGCCAUUUUGUCUAAACGCCAGAGUUUUAUGAAAGCUCAAUCUCAUUCACUAGGACAUUGUACGUGCAGUCUGGCUGUAAACCUGCUGACAGCCUGUGCCCGCUGUGCCUCGAGUCUCUCCUCUUGGGGUGCAGGCCUCCGUAAUGGGGGAACUUGGGGUGUCGCAGAAUCAGAUCUUUUUAGAUUUUAAGUCAAUAACAUCACCGGGCUUACAAAACAUGUGACGUGUGACGUUAAAAGUGGCACUGAAGAUUUAAUCCAAACAUUAAAUACCAGCAGUAAUAUUUCUCAGAAGAACACGUGUUUUUUUUAAAAAGCUUGUUUAAGGAACACGACAGAUCUGGUGCUAUGCGGCUGAUGGCGAUUAACAAAGGUACAAAUCCAUAAAUGCUAUCCCAUGGUUCCGGGUACAGUUCGUCGUGCACAGAAGUUUUGUCUGUCAUUCAACGAGCAACCAUUGCCAUCUCCACCUUGUCUCCUUUACUGUACCAGGACUGUUUGAGAUUCGGUGCCA